CUUGAACAAGUGUUUGUCUUUUCAUGUAUCUUUUUCUGUCUGUGCUUGAUCUUAAACACCCGAGAACCUAGGUCGUAAUUUAAUUAGCCAGGAGUAAGUUCGGUCUCCCACGUGGAUCCGGGGAACACGUACUACAUAAUAAUAUCUAAUUAUGUAGCUCCAAACCGCUCAGGGGCGUCUCGGACAUCUUCCUUUCGUCUCUCUCAAGAUCGAGGAGACCAGAAAAAAUACCUUAUUCCCUCACGAUAAUCAUCAGAAUGGAUGAGUUCUCCGCAAAUAUCAGAUCCUCCGCGUUGGAGAAACUUGCAACGUUAGCAGUGAAAGCACCAGAGAGUGACGAAAAAUCGGAUAUUGCGCGUCUCUUGCGACAAUCUCAGUAUUCGACGUCUCAUCCAAACGAUUUAGAUGGCGUCUUGCGAAAUCAGGCGCCGACGUCACGGAUACCUAUGGGUAUUCGAGAACUAGACGUACUAAUCGCAUUAUGCAAAGCUGCUUCUUCUUCUUCUUUAGGCAACCCCGAGUAUGCCUCUAGGUUGGUUUCUCAACUAUCUCGGUAUCUUCCUGAGGCUCACAGUCAGGUUUUCCGUCCUUCACCUUUUCUAUAUCUCAUAAAACCUUCUCCUUGGGAGGCACUUACAUCUAAUAUUACCUUGGCUCUCUUGUCAUUGGGCUCUGAAUCUCGCUAUCCCUUGCUGCGAGAGACAGUUCUCAAUGCUGUCGACAAGUACCUGGAGAAUUGCACCAAAGCUGUUCAAGCUGUGGCGCCUUUCACGCAUCAUGAUGCUAGAACAGAUAAUCAUUGCGCCGUGCAUGAAGCCAUCGGCGUACUAUCAAUUACUACCUCCAUGAUUGGUUUCCUGGAGGCGUCCACUAGGUUUGCUUCUUUCUGGACAGCCACCGAGAAGUUAAGGAUAAUCGAAGAUAUAUGGUCAAUUCUGUCCGAGGAAUUCUUAAUUGCUAUCGAGACAGCGUCCUCUACAGUACGUAAUGCACAUACAUUGGAGAACGUACUUCGGGAUUGGAGGAGAUACACUCGGCACUAUGCGGCCGAUGGACGGCCUUUAGGAGUUAUGCUGCUGCAGGAAGCGUUCAUGCGUUUUGUUAAAGCAUGUACGGCAUCACUCAUUGGGGCACCUGAUCUAUCCGAGGAUGAACUACUAGGUGACUAUAUGAACGGAGUUGGCAUCGCUAGGAGCCAUGAUGCAGAUGAAGUAUCUCUUAUCAAUCGUACGGCAGAAAUCAUCGAUGAUCAGAUCAAGCUUUUGGAGGACGGUUCUGAUUAUCUGCAGCUUGGCUCACCUUGGCAGCAACGACUUACUUUCUCAGUUAAGGCGUCCGCCUUUAUUGGGUAUCUACAUUGCGUGUUGAGUGGAAAAGCAAAUAGCGAAGACUUACUUUCUUGGUUGGAGAGCACCCUGAUGGAUCCAAACCAAAUGUCAUGCCUCGAGCUAGCAACGGCAACUUUGAAAAGCGUCGCAAUAGUCGCAAGAAUGUCACUAAAUAGCGCUUCUUCUGGAAGUCGCUCUCUCUUGCGUUUCAUUGUCGAAGGAGCCGUUCCUGCUGGGCCCACAGCCUCAGUUGCUGCGAAAUGCCUUGCUCAAGUUCUUGGCGUUUUAUCUCAAGAUGCUGUUAUCACAACUUUGUACUCGCUGGGAAAUGUCCUAAGUCCCGGCUCGGGCACAGAACAGGCAUAUAAUGGGCAGUUGAUAGGAGACACUUCUGGACAUGUUAAUGCUUUUGCUGGUUUCUCAAAAGCAAAGCAAGGCAGUGAGGUAUCCCUUUCCGUCAUGGGUGAGGAAGACUGUGUACAUUACAGAACCGUUGUCCACGCCAUCGUGACGAUUGCCACCCACUCCAAUGAUGAGAAAAUAAGUGCUCUAGCACAAUCAAUGCUGCUACAGAAGAUCGGAAAACUGAGUGCUGCCGUUGAUGCUUAUAUCAUCAAGGAAACCGCUGCAUUGUCCCUGAGCACUGGUCAAGGUGAAUUCCAACUUCUCCUCAAAUUCUAUGGCCGCGCCUAUUGGGAUGGCAUCACCAAGGGAUAUAGCAACGUUGCUAAUGCGGUUGAGAGCGCGAUGGCGUACCUCUCCGUUACGCUGCAAAGAAACACCCCACUUUAUAGGGCAUAUUUGAUUCAUUUGCUGGAAAGUAUCGUAAAUAAGGGCGAUGCUACUGAUUUUGAAAAUGAGCGGCAAAAAGAUAUCUCCUUAGCCCCCGAUUAUCUCACCCCCCUUUUGCAACCACUAGCAUUACUUGUCUCCUGUGGAGGGGUCAAGGGAGAAUACGUGGAUAUCGCAGAUUAUGAUCAGGACAUAUCUACUCUCUUUCGUGAUGCCUGGUUCAACAUUGCUAUUCAUGGGAUAUCCCUUACAUCGACUGUUGGUCGAACCCAUAUGAAGGAACUACGUUUGCUGGCGAAGUAUUCGCCACCUCUUGUUUUUGAAGAUCGUAUGGAGGUGCUUGAAAGUGAUGUGGAACUCAAUACAAUACUAAGACGCGGUAUGGGACCACAGCGUCUCGUGGAACAGAAGAGAACCUUGAUCAUGGAACUUCCCAGUCGGGAAUCCGAGAUCAAGCGCUUGAAUUAUCCAAAAGCAGUUUUCCUUAAUGCAGCGUUGCUAGUCGAAAGCCUCCGUGCAUCAGCUGGAGACUGCACUAAAGUACUCAGUUACUUCCGGGACCCAGCCUUAACCACUACCGAAAUGGCCAAUUGCAUGACUACGGUUGCAGAGAAAGUGGUGGACACUUAUGUCUCGUUGACGCUAUCUGGCAGACGCGAAGACUUUUCAGUCCCAUUCUUGUCGAAGGAACUGGCCGGUUUCUUUGUGGCUUGCUGCCAUAGAGUAGAAAGGGUGCAAAAUGUUGCUGUGCUUUGCGCUAACAAGAUUAUAGAAGAUUGUCCGUCGUCUCUAUGCGAAAAGGACUCACUCUUUGCUCUCCUUGAACUCUUGACAGUUAUGUGGCAAUCGUGCCUUGAGGAAGAGCUUGAUGAAUUUGAGUGGAAACCCACAUUCACGUCACCUACAGGGAUCGUCAAGGUUCACCUACCUGACAAUUAUCAUUUUAGAAGAAAGACUCUGGAUGUGUUCCUUGAACGAGCCCGGGUGUGGGUCACGGCGGUGAUGGAUAUCGCUCCCCUUGAUAUCAAGGGUCUUCUCCAGACAUAUUUAUCUGCGUCCGAAGACAGCAAUGGAUUCGCCAAUAUCUCAAUGGGCCGGUCGUUUGCACUUGAGAUGGGAUCACUCAUUUCCAAACGCGAUCAACGGCUGGGGUCAAUUGAACAAUACGGCGCUAACAAGGUCGAUGUAGCGUCUGACUUCAUGGCUCAGUACACCACACGCCAAAGAUACCGGUAUCCAGAUGCAUACCUAUCCAAGAUUUUAGGAUCGGGAAAUAGUCACAAGAUCGAUGCUUCUACCCAGCUGGAGUCCGAUGGGGAUGCAGAGAAUAGGCUGUCUGAUCUGCAUGAACAGAUGAAGUUAGGGUGCGAAAUACCAUUUGUGGAGGUCAGGGAUGGACUCCGGAGGGCUGCUGCUCUUUUGUGCAGCGGUGGUAACCACCACCCUUCAAUUCCUCGUUACCUGGUCUCUUUACCCUUUGAUAUCUUCUCGACGGAGUCGAUAAACCUUGGAAUCUCUCUAUGGCUGGGGGCGAUCCACGAGAACCCAGCCGUGGAGUCCAAGAUCCUAGUCGAGGUAAUUGAGGCUUGGGAGAAGACAAUCAUGCGCAAGCAAGGCAUGUUCGACCCAUCUUUCGAUUACAUUGAUCCAUUAUACGCCAAGAUCGAACUCCUGCCAACCGAUAAGGCACUCAUGCUACAAAAGCAACAAAAAGCUCACAAGAUUCUUUCACCACACUUGCAUGUUCUCCAGUUUUUUGAGAGCCACUUCAGCGCCAUUCAGCUAGGGAACCUACAAGAUCAACAGUUGUUCCAUCGCCUCAUGGACAAGACUACUGCGGGCCUCAUGCAAACCAGUGGGCAUCCCCUAUCCCGCGAGCUUCAUUUCCGUAUCAUUUUGUUUGGUCUUAAAGUACUUAAGCAUUUCGGCUCUGCGGACCUGGCCGCUUCGUGGAAGCUGAAAGAUCAACUACUAUCAGCCGCCCUGAGUUGGUUUAGACAUCCGCCUAGAUGGUCUUUCGGAGGCAAUCGAUUGCAAAUAAAAGCUGAAGAUAAAGUCCUCAGUGACGUCGUGUCUGCUUUAUUUAACGUCUCUAGCAUUGCAUGUCACACGUUGGGCCCGUAUAAGUCAUUGCAGGCUAAGCAGGAUCUGCUUCAUGCCCUUCUUGAGAAUGAGCGGUCGCGUCUUAGGGUUUGGCUGUAUCCUUUGGAUCAAGAUCGUAAACACUACAUGCACCAGGCUUCCGGAAGCAGGAAUUUUACGGAGGAAGCUGUGUCUUUAUUACGGCUUGCUUGGGCUGAGCAUCCAGGGUUAGCCAUUCAACUUGGUGCUCGUUUCCCUUCCGUGAAGUUGAAAAACGAUAUCCGCUGGUUAUUACUCAACUUCCCGGAAAAGAUUGUUGAUGAACCCAGUAGCCUUGAAAUCAUGCUAGGUGCUACUCUCCCUGCAGAUGUCUCAUUCCAAUUGAAGUAUCUGCUAUACUGGGCACCCGUAAAUCCCACCGAAGCUCUGACUUACUUUCUACCCGCGUAUGGGAAUCACCCGUUCAUCCUUCAAUACGCGAUGAAAGCGUUGGAAAGUCAUCCUAUCGAUGUUCGUUUCUAUUUUGUUCCACAGUUGGUUCAGGCUCUACGAUAUGAUGCACUGGGCUAUGUAGAGCGUUAUAUCAUGGAAACAGCCAAGCAGUCUCAAUUAUUUGCACAUCAAGUGAUUUGGAAUAUGAAAGCUAAUUCGUACAAAGACGAGGACUCUCAAGUUCCGGAUCCGCUCAAACCGACCUUGGACAGAUUUAUGGACUCUUUGAUUGCCAGCUUCACACACGAUGAACGCGACUUCUACGAAAGGGAGUUUUCCUUUUUCAAUGACAUUACUGGUAUUUCAGGGAAGCUCCGGCCGUAUAUCAAAAAAAGUAAACCCGAGAAGAAAGAAAAGAUUGAGGAAGAGCUUCGCAAAAUCAAGGUGGAAGUUGGUGUUUACCUUCCUAGCAACCCCGAUGGUGCUGUUGUCGGUAUCGAUCGCAAGUCAGGCAAACCCCUUCAAAGCCACGCAAAAGCACCAUAUAUGGCGACUUUCAGAAUCCAAAAGACAAGGUCACGGCUUGAAGCAGAAGGUGCUACAGGUUCUUCAGAAAAGCACGUCUUAGCUCAGAACGAAGUAAUAAAUUCGGACCCUCAGCACGAGAGCUAUGAAGUUUGGCAGUCGGCAAUUUUCAAAGUUGGAGACGAUUGCCGCCAAGAUAUGUUGGCUUUGCAGAUGAUUGCUGCUUUUCGAAGCAUCUUUGGUAGCGUUGGGCUCGAUGUUUGGGUAUUCCCUUACCGAGUAACUUCGACAGCUCCAGGGUGUGGUGUUAUUGAUGUCCUCCCAAAUUCAAUUUCUCGUGACAUGCUAGGCCGCGAAGCAGUGAACGGGCUUUAUGACUAUUUUGUUUCCAAGUAUGGUGGAGAAGAUUCGAUUAACUUCCAGGAAGCACGCACCAAUUUUGUCAAGAGCAUGGCGGCCUAUUCUGUUAUAUCAUACCUACUACAGUUCAAGGAUCGGCACAAUGGGAACAUUAUGGUCGAUGAUGCUGGUCACAUCAUACACAUUGACUUCGGAUUUUGCUUCGACAUUGCGCCUGGAGGCGUUCGCUUCGAGCGUGCACCUUUCAAGCUGACUUCUGAGAUGGUUGCUGUGAUGAGCGGCACUCAACAUACACAUGCUCAUACCCCUGGGGGUGGUUCUUAUACCCCUACAAGCACUCAACCAUAUCGAUGGUUCGAAUCCUUGGUUGUCAAGGCGUUCCUUGCAUCUCGCCCGUACAGUGCUAAAUUAGCCCACAUUGUCUCCUUGAUGCUCGAUAGUGGCCUUCCCUGUUUCAAACCCGACACUUUAAAGAAUUUCCGUGAUCGAUUUGUCUUGGAGAAGAGCGAGAGAGACGCAGCCGAGUAUAUGCGAGAGCUUGUCCGCAAAUCUUACAUGAGUGUCUCAACCAAGGGCUAUGAUCAAUUCCAGCUAUUGACAAAUGGCAUCCCUUACUAGACCUAACAGAAUACCAAAUCCUUGGUAAUUAUCCUGCCCCUAUGAUUGAUUUGUUCAAAUGCCACCUUUGAGGGAGAAAGAGGGGAGCAGUGCGCGGUAGCUCUAUCUAAUAAAUUAUUUGUGUGCUA